AUAAAUGUGUCAUAAAGGGCCUGGGUCUUGUUUUCUCCUCACCACUCUCCUGUCUUGCAGCUGUGGUUGUCUCCUAGAGUCCUUUUCUGAUUGCAAACAUUCUUUUGUUUCAGCAAAAAUGGCUACAGCUGGGAAGGUCAUUAAAUGUAAGGCAGCAGUGGCCUGGGAGCCCAACAAGCCUGUGGUGAUUGAGGAAAUUGAAGUAGCCCCGCCACAGGAAAACGAGGUCCGCAUCAAGAUAGUGGCAACAUCGGUGUGCCACUCAGACCUGUACCAUCUGUUGGAGAGUAUGCACAAAGAUGGCUUCCCAACGGUCCUCGGCCAUGAGGCUGCUGGCAUCAUAGAGAGUGUUGGGCCUGGAGUCAAAGAAUUUCAGCCAGGAGACAAGGUGAUUCCUCUUUUCCUGUGCCAGUGCAGAGAAUGUUGCUUCUGUAAGAGUCCCAAGACCAACCAAUGUGAAUUAGCAUGGACUAGGAUACGUCAGGAAAUAAUGGCAGCAGUGGAAUCCAGGUUUACUUGCAAAGGAAAAAGGGUCCUACAGUUUAUGGGAACCAGUACAUUCUCUGAGUACACUGUGAUUAACCAGAUUGCUGUGGCUAAGAUCGACCCUGCUGCUCCUCUGGACAAAGUCUGCCUCCUCGGAUGUGGGAUCUGCACUGGCUAUGGGGCAGCAGUAAACACUGCGAAGGUUGAGCCAGGCUCCACAUGUGCUGUGUUUGGUCUUGGAGCUGUGGGGUUGGCUGCUGUCAUGGGCUGCAAAAAUGCAGGAGCCAAAAGGAUUAUAGCUGUUGAUAUUAAUCCAGAAAAAGCUGAGAAAGCCAAGGUGUUUGGCGCGACUGACUUUGUGAACCCCAAGGAUCACAGUAAACUCAUCCACCAGGUGCUGGCAGAAAUGACUAACGGAGGAGUGGACUACGCCAUAGAAUGUGUCGGGAAUGUGGAAGUCAUGCAAAGUGCCUUGAACUCCUGCAUGGAGGCAUGGGGUGUCAGUGUGAUUGUCGGCUGGACAGACUUGGAUAACAUUUCUAUCAAACCAGUUCAACUCAUUUGUGGACGCACAUGGAAAGGUUCCCUGUUUGGAGGGUUUAAGAGUAAGGACGGUGUUUCAGAGAUGGUCAAAGCCUACCUGGAUAAGAAGGUGAAGCUGGAUGAGUUCAUCACUCAUACCAUGACUUUGGACCAAGUCAAUGAUGCCAUUGACCUCAUGAAGCAAUGCAAAUGUGUCCGGGCAGUCAUGACUGUUUCUCCACCAUAACACAGUAGUGCUGCUUUCAGCAAUAUAAUAAAUCAAUGUACAGCAGCAAAGCAGCUCAGGUGUGUUGGAGAAGGG